UGGGGAGUAUUGAAUAAGUGUCAUGUUGAAUUGAUCAAAAGGUGUUCUAGUUUCUCUAAAAUCAGCUUAAUCGUUGAUUGAAUAAUUUAGUGAGUCAUCAAAUUGAGCUAGAAAAAGUAAAACCUGAUCCAGUGAAACUAUGUCUUGAAUAUUUCUAUCAAAUAGAACAUUGCAAUAUUUCAUUCAGUAUUAUUCAUCUUAUAAGUUGCAUAAUACGUUAGUAAUAGAUUGUGUUCCCCAGUGGAUGUUCAACGGCAUCUCUGUCUGGCACCUUACAAUUUUUCUGCUUGUUCUACAAUAUGCCCAUGUUCCUGGCGGCUUGUUUCUCACUAGCCGAACUUUUGUCCUGCAGUGAGGCUCCUUUUCAGGAAGAGGUCCUACCAGCAAGUAACGCUCUCAUUUUUUCAGGAAACUUGAAAGCAGCACUCUUUCAGCUCCUGUUCUUGAUGUGUCUUACAAAUGGCUCUAGAUGGAAGCAAGGCAAGAUAAGUACCUCUGUGAUUCUUUAUGCAGGCUUUUCUUAUUAAUAUGUACAAUGAUCAUGUAAAACUCACUUGGAAACAAGAAAAACAGCUUUUCUUGAUGAAUGGUUACCAGUUAUUUGCCUGAUGGUUUUUAUUUAGUUCAGAUCUGGUGGUUCUUCAUCUGAGUUCUCUGUGGAAAAAUUCCCUGUGGUCGACAAGUUACAUUAAGAGCAGUAAAAGAGGAAAAUGACAUCUGUUCUGGGAAAAGGAUAUUCACAUAGUCAAUAUAAUGUUGCAUUCAUAGUUGUUAGGACAAUUUGAUAAAAUUACACAUUAGAGGUAGAAUUAUGUCACAUCAGCUAUUACUUGACAGCAGGAGUUUUGGCACCUCUGUUGUUUUUAAAUUCAGUAUAAGAAAAGCAAGUCAUAAUAUUAGACCGUGGUACACUCUGAGCACACUUAACUACAUUUUUGGGGGAAGCAUCACAUCACCAACACAUAUAUUUUUUUAUCAAGGAUUUUAAAAUGUAUAACAUGGAAUUCUCUACCAAGGAAAACCCUACAAACUUGAGUUAACUUGUUGCUUUGUCAAGUUCUUUUCUCUUUUUUGGGUGCAACAAACAUGUGUAAAGCAGACAUGUGCAAAGUAUGACUGAUCCUAAAGAGGAUGUAACAUCAUGUGUGCCUCUCGGCACAGCUUUAUAGAUCGAACAUUUCAUAAUUGAAUUUUCGUUAUUUAUGAUACUGUGGCAGCUGUGACAGUUCUGUGGCCGUGUGCAACAGAUGGCCCUGUGUAAGUAAAACACUAAGCCUGAGGGGACUGUAUAAAAGUGUCUUGGACCAGCUAUGUUAUGUCCCAGGAUAGAUAACGCCUGGAGAAUGUUAACUGUCUGGUGCUCUUAGAUGGUUGUUGAAGUAGUGCUAAUCCUGAAGGUGCUACAUGUUAAAAACAAUUAGGUAUGUAUGGAAGCUCUGUGUUUAAGCAUCAGCGUCACGUAUUUACUUAAAGGUUAAUUUGCCUGUGGAAGCACACAAUGAGUGAUUGAAACUUCCCAUCCCAUCCUUAGUGCUAUGUAUAAUGUGGGUGACAUUUAGGCUUUAUUGGAUCCCUGCUGCUACGCCAAGAGUAGUGGCCCAUGAGCUCUAUUUCUGACACACUGUUUUGGUUUCCUCGGUUUAUCAAAGCAGGGAGCAGUGUGUUGUAGCUUAUUAUGGGCAUGUUGGGUUUGGCUGGCGCUAUAGAUGCUGGGUUUGUGGAAAAGGCUACCAUGGAAUUAAAGCCUUCUUGGCCUGCCCAGGGUGCUCAUACAUCUUUAGCCAAAUCUGUAGCCAAGCACACACAUGGCAUGUUAACAAUAGAAACAUCAUUGCAGCAUGGCAAGGGGUUGCAGAUAUGUAAACUUUUUUUAUAUCAGUUUAUGUAGUGAUGGAACCAUUAGUAGAAGGAGCUGUCAGUUGUUGGGAGAAGUAAGUGUCUGGUAUGUGUGAGGUUUUGGAGUGUAUUUUCAGUAUAUACCUCUUUUUUAAAAAAAUAUGUAUAGUUCUUCUGGACUGACACACAAAGAAAAGCUUUUUAGAGUUUUCCAUUCCAAGUUAAUUAUUAGACUACUAUGAGGGUGUGUGUUAGAGAAAUGCAUAUUUGUACUUAGGGUGGGUAAUUGCACAAUAAUGAAAUACAUUUGCCAGCUAUUUUAAAGGAAGGACAUUGUUUGUUGUGUGUGUACCUUUUUAAUUGUUCCAAAUUUACCGGAACAAGAGAUUCCUGGGGUGGGGUAUUUUUGGUAAGUCUGGACACAGACAUCCAAGUUAGUGAGGCCCGGCCUUUCCCCUAAAAUGGGAUUUUCAGAAUUCUCUUAAUUCCAGGCAAGCCGCUCCUGUUGCAGAGGGGAAGUGCUGCCAGCAGCAGCCAUUCUCUGCACUCUAUCUUCAUAUUGAUUGGCCUCUGGGCUCCAGAGAUGGAGAUUCCUUAAAGCCAGUGGUAGUCUAAUGACAUUGCUCAACACUCCCAUCACUCCCUCCCACCCACCAGUAAUCACCCUCCCCAUUUAAGAUAUCCCUCUGCUCCACUUUCUUUCUUCCUCUCACUGUUAUCAAAUUAAAAGCUUUUCUUUAGAGGGUUGGUCUUGGCCUGCAGGCGUGGGGUACAGACAUGGCAGCCAGCCGAGGGUAGAGUGAUAGUGAGUGUGUGUGUGUAUGUGAGAGAGCAGUUGUGGCUGUGUGUCUGUGCGUGUGUGCAUGUACGUGUCUGCUCAAAUAGGCUUAUUGCUGUUUGAGCUGAUGAACCAGGAAAAGGGUUAAAGCAGUCUACGGACAAGUGGUCAUGCAGGAGUGUGAGCUUAACUAAGACUGGGCUAGAAGAGGGGAGGUAAUGAGAGAGGGUGGGAGAGCUACCCCUGCCCUGAUAGGCAGCUGAACAUGAUACUGGGUCAGGGGGUAUAAUACAGAACUUUUAGGGAGUGGUUAUAGAUAGUGAGACAGAAGGGGAGGGGGAGUGGCCUCCGUGUAGGGUUGUUAGAUGAUAUCAAUUCAUUCUUUGUUUCCCAACUGCCCAUUGUGCUCCUACAAUGCAACACAGGUGAGUGUGUGUCUAUGUUAACUUAAUGUAUCAGGUCAGGGUUCUAGCUUUGGUCUGAAUUUUGCCAAAAACAAAAUCUUGUGGGGAAAACAGAAACAAGUCCUUUUCGAGACUGAGGCAGAUACAGACAGACAGAAAGCGACAGGAUUCCUCAAGUGCUUUGGGAUUUUCCCCAAUUCCCACCUUACAGGCUGAGGCACAGAGGAGGGAGGGAGAAUAAUGGGAGGGAUGCAAAGGAGGUGGGCAAAAUAAGAGAGGAGGGAACAGGGGACACAGAAAGAAGCAGGAUAAAAAAAGAGUCAGACUCUUGAGCAUAGAGUUUAAGCAGGUGGUCAAAAGAGUCGGUACAGAUAUGCUCUGCUAGUGUGGAGGGUGUUGAUUGGAUAAAGAGAGUGAGCAGCCUUUAAAAUAGAUUAGAUGCUCAAUUUUCAGCAAUGCACGGCUGUAGGUGGACUUUUGAGCUUCGCUUCUUUGGCUGGUGAGUAGCACUUUGACAAAUAACUCUGCUGCUUCGUAGCUCAUUAUGUUAUUUUGCUAUUAUGACACGUUCUCUUACUUCGAUGUCUGAAAGGCCAGAGGUACAAAUAGUUCAUGUACAGGAUAAAAUAGGAUUAAAUGUAUUUCUUUGUAAUAGCAAAGACACUCUUUUUGUCAUGUAUAGACAUUUGGGGAUUUCUAGAUGCUGUCAUUCAGAGUCCAUUAUAGUGUAUGAAAUAAAAUUGUACCUCUGAAUGGUGUGUGUUAAUAAUAGUAAAAGGUCAGCUGUAUGCUUUUUAGAAAAUGUCUGAGCUAUGAUUUUGACUAAGAAGUUCUGAUAUAAAUUUUUAUCAUUUUUACAAGCAUAUUCUUUUAUUAGAAUAUGUUGUAUGUGCAUAAAAGGGAUGUAAACUUGCCUCAUCUUGACUGAAAAAUUAGCUUGUAGGCUGAUUUAACACCCUAAUGUAUGCAACAUGGAGUGUUAUUACAUGGCUACUGUUCAAUGAUUUGACUUCAAAUUCAAAUUUAAUGUUUUGAAUAAGGUUAUGCUGUUCAUGAACAACUACUGACAGUGACUGAGCAACAGUUUCUAAUGUGUCAUGAGUUAGUCUGUUUAGAAAAAGGAACAAGAUUUGGAAGUGUUAAAAUAAUGUGAGACAGCUGUGCAUGUGAGAGAAAUUAAUCAUUACAUUUUUCCUGCAUCUUAUAAAUUAAAUGUUCUGCUUGCAUGUUACGGCAUGAUGUUGAUCACAGCAGUUAACUGGUUGCUGAUUAAACCCAAUUAAAAUUUUGACUGCUCUAUUAACUAAAUGUAAACACACCUGAUCAUGGUUGAAUGAAAACUCAUUAGCAUUUGCAUUCCCUCUUAUUAGUCCUUUCACCUUGGCACAAUAGGUUUUCAGGGACUGGAAAGCCAUAGUCUGGGGAGGCACGUUAUCAGCCACAUUGACUCACAAGAGGCUACACGGCUGAACUCUGCUGCACUCCAUUGUUGUGCUAUUUGCAUGGGUCAGUAUGAUAACGGUCACCUCCCUGAGCUGUAGCAAGCUCCAUUCUCUCAUGUGGACAGAGGUGCAGGCUUCCCUCAGUUCACCUUCUGACACACACACACACAUCUUCACACCCUAAUCCCAUACCAGGGCAACCCAACCCAAGCUUGCAUUUGUCUUAUAUUUAUCUGAUAAGUGCAAAUGUGUUGGUGUGUUUUGUGUGUGUUGGUCUAUCUGUGUGGCUUCUUAGUUAUCCCUUGCAGAUAAGCACUAAUACUUUCCCCCACUCACUUCUCUAAGGUUGGGAUCUGGAGUCCACUGCUGGAGAGAUGGUGUUUAAAACAGUGUUGGGGUAUUCCUGUUCUGUGAACAAAUGAAUUAAUGACUGUGAAUGCUUUGAUAAUAGAUUUCCCCCAUUAGAGCCAGAACUUACAUCUUCUUACUAAAAUAAAUUUUGAAGACAUUGAUAUCAUUGCUUUCUUACAAGCGUGAACUAUUUGUUUCUUGUCAUCUCUUUGGUCUUUUAAACUUAAGGGACUUAUUCUGAGUCAUUGUCCUAAUUAGGUGCGGGGAUAAAAAGAGCACUUCACGUUUUGGCACAGCAAAGUCAUUAGACCCUCCAGAAAUAAGACAAGGUCGCCUUUCCCGCUUCAACAUAAGAUGUAUGUCCCUAUCCACUCGCAGAAGCACUACUUUAAAAUAAUAGACAACAGGUUUACGUUUUAUUUAACUAGGCAGCACAGUACAGGAGGAGAAUAUUAGCAGCAGUCGUCCCUCUGCUGCCGCUGUCUUUGAAAUUUUAGGUUGGUCACAUGAUUUGCGGUGAAAGGCAGGGUCAGGGGUCACAGUGACGGAUGUGGGCUUAAAAUUACAGGCUGGGGGGUAGGGUCAGCAUGGUCAGGGCUGCCUUUCAAGUGAGCAGAGGGAGAACACAAAUCCAAACACUAAACUUUUUUAUUGAAGUAGGUUAAAGAAGGUCCAUGUCAUUAUCUAGUUGUCAGUAACAUAAGGAAACAGUGUGUUUGGAAAAAUGGUGCCAGAGGUCUGAUGGUUUGCUCAUGGAUGUCAGGCCAUAUAAUGAUUUGGAACACCUGGUACAGAUGAACAGGAGAAAUGGAGACAGGAAGAUGGGAAAGAGGGACUGAAACAGGUGAUAAGAACAGUAAUAUGUAUUUAAUAUGUCUAUACAUUAUAUUUUAGGCUACAUGUUCCAAAAAAUCUAAUGAAGUGUACUACUUAAACUGAAAAUUGCAGGUGCAUAUUCUGCAAGCAAGUUAAAUGUCUUUAAAAUAAUAAUUGUUUGCAUGCGAAUGCUGAAUGGGGGCUAAAGCACUGAAAGUGUUGAAGAAGCAGUUAACGCGUGAACACUGAAAGGAGUUGAUGUGUCAUUUCAACUGUAACUGUGUGUUCCGACAGAGCGCAAAGAUAAUUUUAAUGUCACUAAAUUUGUGCAUCUCCCUUUUUUAUCAGUCUGCAUCAUAAAUGUACAGAGAUGAGAGCAAAACGUUUGGUCAAAGGCUGAGAUGAAGAUGAACAGACUCACUCACCAACAUACAGUCAGUGCAUACAGUAGUUCUGUGCCUGUUUAGGAAGAAUAUGCAGUGGUCAAAUCAGUGGUCAAAUUAGCAUGAUGUAUGCCAGGGGAACAUUUGCUUCACUUUCUGUGAACAUUCAUCUUUCUGACAUGUGUGAGUGUAAUUGCUUAAAACGUUUGAAAUGUUAACUUCAAGUUACUGCUGAUAGUAACUUCAAUAGGUUGACAAACUAAGAGUUAAGGGGUGAAAGCAGCUGUAAUGUUAGUUAACAGUGUCAGUUGAAAGCAGUUCAUUCAAAGCUAACAGCUAACAUCAAAGCAAUUCAAUUGCCAGUUAAAUUGUAACUGAUAAAUAAAAUAAGUGGCAAAAGAGAAGAUAUGUGUCUGUAUAUUAAUCUCAGACAUCCAGGUUUGACAGUUUGAGUUGAGUUUUGUUGUUCCUCCGUUCUGACAUCUGGUAGAAACCCUGGCAUUUACCAUGUCUAGAAAGAAUCUGCCUGCGGCCCCUUGAGUGUGACACCACUCAGUGAUGCCCCUUUUCACAGGACUUCCAUGACAAUGCCAAGUUGGCACUGUUGAGAAAUGCUGAGGUAGUGAUAUUAUAGCAGCAUGGUAAGCAGUGCACUGUUCAUUAAAGGUUGCUCCAUCUCAACUUGUUUGUGUAAUUCAGAGGACAGAGAAGGAGAGCCAUAGAGAGGGGUUUGCAGGAAGUAAGCCAGGGAAGCAGUCAGCAUAAAGGCCGGUCCUGCUGUCACUCCAUGCAGACGGUCAGGUCCAUUAAUGUGAAGGAACUCAAAAGGAGGAAAGCCACAGUGCUGCAGCCAUUCAGCUAGAGCCAGACACACAACCAGACCCUCCUGCUGAGGUUUCUGCAGCAACAGCCUCCACUGUGCUUGUGGCACUGAUGUCAUCUCAAAGCAAUUCCUUUCCUUCUUCUCUUCCAAACCCUGCUGUCUGCUGGGAGACCCCACGCCCCAGCCCACCCAGCCCCAAAUACACACACACACACACACACACACACACACACACACACACACACACACACACACACACACACACUUUCUAUAUCCUACCAUCUAUAUGAACCCUAAAAGACUUGGAAAUGGACUUGAUACCUCACUAUAUCACAUUACUCCCUGGCACAAUGUAUACAAAGCCUGGUUUGUAUUGUAAGAAAACCGCUCCGUCAUUAGGACCGAUUUUUCUGGUGGGGGGGUGCAGCUGAAUAGGGCUUGGUAAUGGAGCAGUGGGAGAGCUGACAAAAGCAGACCCCCUGCCACCCCCCCUCACCAGCCUGGCUCAGAUUGUUGUGUUUAAACACAUAAGGUGACAAGGAGAGUUGUUUGUCUAACAGUGUGUGCGUGCGUUUGUGUCUCCAAGGCUAUGGGAAGACGAUGAAGGGCAUGACUGGAAUACAUUGUAGAGUCAGAGGUGUCAUUAAGCAAGCGGUGGAAUGACUGCGUGGGCUGCAUGUGUGUGUGUUUCUACCCUCUUUCCUUAAAUCGCUAGCUUGAGAGCUCUGUUCUGUUCUGGGGCAGUGCCACAAACAUGGUGCUGGCUGAAGAGUACCAUAUUUAAAAAAAGCAAAUGGAUUCUUUUUUUAAUAUAUGACUUUAGGUGGAUAAAUGGACCAAUGAAUGUUGCUCUGCUUUACUUUCACUGUUUCCCUUGAUCCCUACCACCAUCUCCCAAUCUUUCCAUCCUCUACUCUUGCUCCGUCCUAACUCUGACAUUGCCACCACCACUUGGGUCAAGCAACCAUUCAAUUUACAAAACCCUGGAAUCUGACUUGCAUUUGGACAGAUGUCCAGACAAGCCACGGCUGCUCGGGUAGACAAAUCAGAUUUCUCUAUUCUUGCCACCGGGGCUCCUCUGUUUCCAGUGAGAAAGUCAGACAGAGAGUCAGCUGGGGCUGCAAUAGAAAGCAUUCACACUGAAAUUCAGAGCCAUAAAGGCAUAACCAGUUGUGGGCAGAUAUGUCAAAAGAGUCCUCUUAGAAUGCAGGUCAGAGACAAAGCUGACCUCAGGGGUUGAGGAAGGAUAAGGAAGAAAUGCAGAGGAGAGGGAGAGGGAGGGGGAAUGUACAUAUACACACAGCGAAUAUGUGGGUAGGGGGUUGUAGUGGCCAGACAGGCCGUAGGGGCGAAGGCUGGUCCCCUGAUGGGUGUCUUUCAGUGUGCCCAAGCUGGGUGGGAAUGAGAUCUGACGGGUGUGAAAUGGUCCCCUCUCUCAGUGACCCAGGCCCCUGCCAGGUCCAGCCUGCUAACACUGUUGCUUUGUCCUUCAGAUUCUCAAAAGAGCCUGUAUAUCAAAGGCUUGUAAUGACUGAGUUGGGAAUGAAUGCUGUAGGAACUGUAAUGGCAUCAUUGAUGACAUUUAGUUAACAUCUUGAAUUAUAAUCAUGUGAAAGACAUAUGAGGUUUUAUAUAGACAUUCUGACUCUGGGAUGCCUAUUGACAGUAAUUUGUGCAAGUGGUGUCAAACCACUCCAUGCCACUCUAGUCUCUUGAGAAAACAGUAUGUCAUCUGUUUUGUGUCCUCCUCAUCUUGUUCAGUAUAUGUCGUGAAUUCUUUUUUUUUUUUUUUUCAAUCUUUAAAGGUACAAACAUUUCCUUGGAAUACAGUAUGAAUCUGAUUAGAUCACUCACUGAGCUGAGCACAUUUCUGUGAUUAGCCAAGUCUUGUUGGAGAUGAUGACAUCCAUUUUGUUUGCUGGGAGAGAACAGAUGGGCAGCAUUGGCAGAGAAAUGUCACACCAAAUGCAAAUAUAGCACCUUGUUGUUUAUGUGUCUGCGGCUGUUCUGACUGUUCUUGCUCUUUCCCUCUGCUUUAAAAGAACACACACCUCAGUCGUGGAUGAUGACGAUAACGAUCAGCUUGGGUGUUUUUUGUGCUUGAUAAGAAGCAGAGAGAUCUGUAAAUGAGUGCACACCUAUUGGGGACAAUCUGAUAUUUUAACUGAGGACAUGUUGUUUUAUCAGUCUGCCUCCUGUACUGUCUCUUUCAAUCAGUUUGUCUAAUAUGGUUGUUUUUUGCCUUCUGAAUAAAACUUGCAGUAGUGGUAUUUGACCAUUGAGGCAGAGGCUGCAGAGCAUUCUCAUAGAUAAACCCUGACUCAUCUUCUGCUUUUCCUUUUUCAAAUUCCUUCUGAUGAAAAUCAGUCAAAUUCACUCUGGCAAGACUAUAAUCACCCUAAAAAUGACCAGAUUUAGGUUGAAUAGGACAGAAUGAACACAUGCUAUCCUUACAGUAAGGGAUGUAAUGGAGAAUGUCAGGUAUCGUCACUGGAAAAGUUAUCCGUCAAGGCGUGGCUGGCUUGUCUGUCAGUGUAGGAUAGUGUGCAGAAAAUAACAAGGUGACAGGUGUUAUGGUUCACCUUGGUGUUUUGUGCAAUUUUACACAAAGCUUAGUUUCACGUGGAUGGAUGCAGCUCACCCUCUGAUUUUCUUGACGAUAUAGCUGAUGACAUUAUCGUCAUUUUUUUCUGUAUUUGGCACAACGCAGCUUUCUGCCUUUAAAGCUAGCAUGAUAAAACAGGCUGUGUAAUGACACUCUUCUCAAAUGUGACUUAAUCUACCUGCUGCCUUACAGUCUCUCUCUCUCUAGUGAGAUGUCUUUUCAGGUGCUAAAGACUGUGUCACAUGCACUCAGCUCAACAAUGGCAGUAAUCUGGUGAAAAAUUAUGGAAGGAGGACUCGCACAUGUGACUAAAACUGCAAUCAGGGCUUUAAUAAUACAGAUAAUGACAGGGUCAGCCAAGGGAAGGCUGGAUUUUAGAUCCUCUCACUAAUACUAGAAAUCUUAUGGAGAGGUGAAAGGAAGAUAGUAAGGAGAGAGAUGAGAAUUUAGAGUUCAGACUUACUUCUUUUUUAAAGUUUGAUUUUUCAAGCCUCAGCCAUGUUUUGAGACAUUAAAAAAGGCAAGCAAAGCAGCAGAGGGAGAAAGAAUUCUCUUGGCAAAUGGUUUGGUGUGUUUGCCACGUCGCUCCAGCUGACUCAUCUCCUCUGUCUGCCUGUUGUUGUUCCUGCUGUCCUGGAGCUGUUGGUGAGGAGCUGUGAGAAUACAUCAAUAUCAUAUCCUUGUGACUGUCACUGCCAUUUCCAUGUUUCUGGAAAAUAUGUUGGAAUCUGCGCAGAUUAAACUCUGUAGAGAAAGCUGUCACGCUGACAUUCCCCAUGCAAGCUGAUGCCACGGACAUCCAGAUCCAGAAUGCUGAGAAGAGGAUGAAUCUUCCAGGUCAUCUGAGACAUCCACGUGUCUUUGCUGCUGUCCCUUCCCGACAGCCCUCUCAUCCCACUGGGGCACCAUCUGCCUCCCCACGCUCCCCCCCUUGCCCCUGCCCAGGUCCCUCCCCCUUCCCCUGCCCCCAGUAGUGGCCAUCCCAGAGGGGAGGAAAGGCGAGCCAGCCCCUGUAAAUAUGCCUGGAUGGAGGUCUCAGUGGCGUCUCGUCCUGCUGAACUCCCUGACCUGUGGCCUGGAGAUCUGUGUGGCAGCUGGGAUCACAUACGUGCCCCCACUGCUGCUGGAGGCUGGAGUGGAGGAGCGCUACAUGACCAUGGUGCUAGGUAUUGGCCCAGUGCUCGGCCUCGUGUUCAUCCCUUUGAUUGGCUCAGCCAGUGACCACUGCAACAGCAGUUAUGGCAGAAGGCGGCCUUUCAUCUGGCUCCUGUCUUUAGGAGUCCUUCUGGCACUUUUAAUCAUUCCCCAUGCUGACGUUCUGGCUGCCCGUCUUGCCUGGGGUGGGCGCACCCUCCAGGUGGGCUUCCUUAUCCUUGGGGUGGGACUCCUUGACUUUUGUGGACAAGUGUGCUUCACACCGCUGGAGGCUCUUUUGUCUGACCUGUACCGGGACGAGGAGGACUGCGGCCAAGCCUUCGCCAUGUUCUCCUUCAUGGUCAGCUUGGGAGGAUGUGUGGGUUAUUUGCUACCUGCACUGGAUUGGAGUCGAGGCCUACUCUCUGUUUACCUAGGAGGCCAGGCUGAGUGCCUCUUCUCUCUCCUCAUCCUCAUCUUUAUCUCCAGCGUGCUCAUCACCAUGAAGGUGUCUGAGGAACCCUCAUUUGCCAGCAGUGGCUUGGCCGGGUCUGGAUCUAUACUGGAGUCUGGGGCUGGUGCGAUAGAGACUGGUCGGUGCGGUGUGCCGCGCUCAUGCUGCUACCUGCUGAAGUGCAAGCUGAGGCUGCUGAAAUCUGGUCCCCUGCUGUGCUUUCUGAGAACAUGCUGGGCCAUGACCCCGGCCAUCUACAGGAGCUACUGCCAUGUCCCACGAGUGAUGAGGCAGCUGUGUGUGGCUCAGCUCUGCAGCUGGAUGGCUGUCAUGUCUUUUAUGCUUUUUUACACAGACUUUGUGGGGGAAGGCCUCUACGAGGGCGUGCCCAGUGCAUUACCAGGAAGUGUGUCCAGGCAGAGAUAUGAAGAAGGUAUCCGUAUGGGCAGUCUGGGCCUGUUCCUGCAGUGUGCUACCUCAACCUUCUUCUCCCUGGUCAUGAGUCGUUUGGUUCGCCACUUUGGCUCACGAUGGGUCUACCUGAGCAGUAUGGUGAGCUUCACACUCUCUGCUUUGGUCAUCUGUCUGUCCAAAAGUGUGCUCUUGGUCACUAUAAUGGCAGCUCUCACUGGGUAUGCGUACGCCACGCUGCAGACUCUGCCUUACACCCUCACCUGCCAUUACCACAAGGAGAAAGAGGUCUAUAUGCCAAAAAGGAAAACCAAAAGCAUACAUAAAAAUGGUAUCGCAACUAAGCGGGACUCUGUGUAUUUGACUCCUGUGGAAGAGGAGGGUGGACUGAACCAUAAAACGGGGGCUCCCUACGGGCAGGCCUUCUUCAGCCAGGACAGUUAUGAGUAUUACCCCAGCCCACACAGCCAGAACGGCUCAUCUCACAGUUCUGGUGGCGCUGAACAGGAGGACCCAGAGUUGGGGUAUGAAAAGCGCGGCGUAGGUUUGGACUUUGCCAUCUUAGAUAGCACCUUCCUCCUCUCUCAGGUUUUCCCCACCCUCUUCAUGGGCAUGAUCGUUCAGUUCGCACAGUCUGUCACUGCCUACAUCGCCUGCUCUGCCAUCUUCGGUGCUGUUGCCAUCUACCUGGCCAGUCAAAUUGUCUUUGACCAAAAGGACCUCAAAAGCUGAGAUUUAGGUGGGUAAGGAUGUAGGAGUGAUGGAAUCAUAAAUAAUCAAUCAGUCAUUCAGGUUCCAUUGAACUCAGCAAUGCACUACUGCUCCCAGAAUGCCUUGCUCUACGACUGUGUGCUUGCUUUUAUGAAAGCUCUAUGUCAAGGAAAUGAUGUGUGUUUACCAGAAUGUGGCAGGGUGCUAACAGGGAGGAAAAGGCCUGUGUUAUCUGCCAAUGCAGUUUCUGUGUUACAUCAGAGAUUGUUACCUGCCACAUGAACACCCACUGUGUGCCCGGGACAGGUGUGUGGUACUCUGUGUACUGAAUGCUAUUGAAUUCUAUAGAAAUCUCUCCGAAAACUUUUUGUCGCAACAUCUUUCCUGUCCAUUGUCUUUUUCCUCAGGUACCACCAAACAGAUUUACUGUAGAACUCAUCAACCUCAGAUACAGAGCUACUAACCUUUUUAUGUUUUUUUAUGGUCCUGUCCACAGUUUUUAAUGCUACAGUCUAUUUUGUAGUGUUGACUUGUACAGACUCAUCUGCAGCAUCACUAAACCAGUCUGGAGACUGUUCAUCAUCUUGCUGAGGCCGUACAUGGGUUUCCUCAUAAUGGCAAAAUGAAUAGAUUAACGCAUUGUUUCUACCUGUUGAGUUGGAUCGUGGUACUUCUCCACCCAGGAUGGAAAAAUGCACUUAAAGGGGUACUCCAGUGAUUUAGUAUUACAACUCCAUGUGGAUUUGCAAGAGACUGAAUGGUCAAAAUAUCUCUGUCUUUUUAGUCCCCCCAGCUGGACUGACUUAGAAAAUGCUGGAUCCUACAUUUCCCAUCAUACAACUUAAUAUUGUCUGUCAUUAGACCUUGUCCACUUGUGAAAUGCAGUAAUCAUUCAAACUUCAUGCCCCCAGUUCGUAACACAGGUUUUAUGUCAAAUAUUUGAAAUCUCAAGCCUAACUGAAGAUAACCCUGCUGACAUCACUAUGACGUCAUCAGGGUUAUUUUCUCAGGCAAAGACGAAGCUCAGAGGACAUUACACAAUGACUUUGCUGGCUUAGAAGUACUCUCUGUGACAAGUAAACUGACCAUUAUGUGUAGAAUUUGAGGAAUAGCCCUUUAAAAAUUCAGCUGUACUCUGACCAUGUUUUGUGUCUCCCCACCCAUCUAGUGUAAUCUAUGACUUGAACAGUUUUACUGCAAAUAUUUUGUAUACAAAUUUCCUGUACAUCCCUAUGGGACUUUAGUUAUGCAACCUGUUGAGGUGAGGUUAUCCACUGUGGUGGUUUAAGAAUGAAUUUGUUUACUGGAACUGGAAUACUGCAUCAAAUGUCCACUGUCUAGAUAAUCAAGAGUAGUCGACUUUAGUGGACUGCUCAACCUGUCCAGCAAUGCUUCUGAUCAGGACAGCUGUCUCAGGUUAGUACCUUGUUUUAGUGUCCCAUCCUGUCGUUAUGCCACUGCUAAAAUGCUUCCCCUGCUGCCUAACGCUCAUGUUUUAUUGCAUUCUCAAACGACAAUCUAGGACAUCCAGAUGGGCGUGUUGUGUAACGCUGUAUGUAAACAGUAAACAUGUAGGGGGAUGUCUGAUAGAGGCCCAUUUCAUAGCACCCAUUCCUGAAAAGACCAAAAAAGCCAUGCAGUAAAUGGAAACAUUUGGUUACUGAAAAUGAUGCGAGAGUAGGCACUGUAUAUUGAUGGGCUGAAGGCCAAGCUGAGUUGAGGUGUGUGUGUGUGUGUGUGUGUGUGUGUGUGUGUAGUAUAACACAGAGGACAGAUGGUGAGAAAGAAAGCGGAGUAAUAUUUAAACGUGAGGCUAACAAAAAGUGAUACAACUGGAGUGUGUGCAGUUUUUCACAUUGGAUAUGAUAUACUGUAUUGACUUAAGUCAAUAUGAUGCUGUAUGUUAAAAUGUAUUGUGGCCUUCAGUUUAGCUUUUCAAAUUAGCCAGUUGGCGUAAACACCGUGCUUGUGUUGCAACUGGUAAGCAAGUUCAUUUGAGCAUAUUGUGUCCAGGUUGUCUGAUCCUACAUGAGGGGUGAUGACACAAAUAGUCCUGAAGGAUCUUAUUGCCUGAGGUGCGCUCAGCAUGAGAGAAGUAAAAACAUCAGAGGAUUUGUUUGUCAUGUUGACAUUACUGCUGAGCAGAAUGCUUAAAAAGAACCGAAUCAUCCUUUUCACCCCAAAAUGCGCAGGAUAUUAUUGCCUAGCAGUAGCUGAAGUGUCAGAAAAAGGUUGUUUUACAAGUGCCUGUACAUUUUUCAAAAAUUCUUUGUACAUAUGUAUUUAUUUAUUAUGCUUUUAUUACAAAAUAGCACGUAUUAAACUAUUGUCCUCUUUGGCAUCUUUCAUAGGUGCAAGGGUGAAGGCUGUUUCUGUGAAAAAGAUAAAUUAUUUGUAUAGAUGUGGUAUAGAAGCAUCCUCAAAGCUAUAAUUUAUUUUUAACAUUACCCUCAUGAUCCUGUAGCUUUGGUAACAUCACAGAGUCUAUUGCUGAUGCCUGCUGUCAGUAUGUAUCAAAUCAGCUGCAGAUGAGUUUCCACCUGUGGUCAUUAUCUGUAUAGCCUCAAUCAGCUCAACAUUUUAUUCCUGUCCCACAACUCAGAAGCUUGAUUUUUUUUUUUUUUCUUGUGCAGCUGGUGCAAACAAGAAACCUCAUCAUUUUGUCAAUACUGCUUUAUCUGGGUCUUAUAUAACCACUUGUUUCUUCUUAUCCAAGAUCUGUUAUUUUGUUUAACAGAUAAACACUACAAAUACUCGCACUGUUUAGGUGGAGUUGUUUUCAGUCCCUGUUGCUCUAAACCAAAUGUUUGAUUUAAGAUGAAAAAAGUGCCAAUGUUCAGACUAUGUCUUCAUGUUCUGAUGUGAUUAAUUCGUUUUUUAAUCACUUUUUUCAUUCACUUGUGUCAUUGUCAUAGUCAUUCAGCCAUAACUAAAAGUUGUAUUUCCUUUUCGUUAUAAAUCAGAUUGUGUAUAAAUAUGCAGUUACCAAAUAGAUUUUAUACAAAAUAAAAGAACUGCAUUGUCAAUGA